CAUGAGAAAUAUUUUACACAAAUACUGAGUGGAAAUCUUUCGAUAUUCUUGUAAUAAAUUUUGGCAAACAGCUUGGAAAACGUUCUUGUUAUUACAACUGUUGAAGGAGAAAAAAAUUAUUAAAAUGAUAACCAAACUAGCGCAUCCACGUUGGAUAUGUUUCCUCGUUUUGCUGUUUGUUGGUGAGGUUUUCAACCAGAAUCAGACGAUUGUCUACGAACAAGCUCAGCGAAGUAGCUCUCCAUGUUUGAGUGAAAGUACUGUUUGUGCCGACGUCUAUUCAUUCACCAAGACAGUAAAUGGAAAAAGGCAAAAAACUGAACGCCGAGUUAUCAACUGUCUGUGUCAAGGAGGACAGUGCCCAAAUUCGACGACCCACAAUAUAUACGAUACAUCCAAGCACAAGUUACAGUUGUGUCAACCGAUAUCGAGCCUGGAAACAUGUCGCCCCAACCAGACGGCACACGAAGUUCAUCUCCAGGACAAAAAGUUUGACUUGUUUAGUUAUACGACUGUGAAAUGCUUAUGUCCUCAUCACCUUGAAUACCUGCCCGGUCCCUUCAAUCGAUCAGUGAAAUAUGGUAAUACCAACUUUGUUACAAACCAUGUUGUGCACCAUUAUACUUGCAACAUUCCGAAUAAUGGAAAUUAAAUAUGUUGGACAAUUGAAAGCUUUAUGGUGGAAAAUAAGUUGACCAAUCACUAAAGGAUAACCAAUAUUAUGACACAAAAAUAUCCAAAAAGAAAAUUUUAGUAUAUACGCAUCGUUUGAUUAGAAUCUGUGAAAUAUUCCGAUGAUCAGAUUAUUCUCUAU